GAGAUUAGGAGAGGAAAGGGAGAACCUUCUUUGUGUAACUAGCACUAGACUGUCGCUUACUCUAAUAACAAGGUAAGAUGGCGGCUUACCAGUCUCACAAAGCAAGUCAUGUGCCUCGUCCACCUGCGGUGCUGUUCUAUCACAAAUCGAUGAGUAACUUGGCAAAAACUAUCUGUGAACGGUGCAGCCAUGCGUUGAUGUCGCCCAUCACGACCCAAAAAGAACUUCAAAAUUUCCAGCAAAGUGUGGAGCUGAGGUCUGUAACAUGGGAGCAGUUUCCAGAUGGAUGGCCGAACUUGUUCAUUGAAAAUGUGAAACACGAUUGUGCAGGAAGAGAUGUCAUAUUUUUGGGAAGCUUCCAUUCACCAGAAGUUGUGUUUGAGCAGCUUUCUGUCAUUUAUAAAAUUCCCAGGUUAUUAGCAAGAUCAUUCACUGCUAUUGUGCCAUACUUUCCAACUGGAACAAUGGAAAGAGAAGAAACAGAGGGACAGGUUGCUACAGCAAAGACACUAGCUAUUUUGUUGUCUACCAUUCCUCUGACAGCAAGAGGCCCUUCUCAGAUUAUGGUGUUUGAUAUUCAUGCGCUACAGGAGAGGUUUUAUUUUACUGAUAAUGUAAUCCCCAGAUUAGAAACAGCAAUACCAUUGCUUCUCCGUGAAAUCUCGACACUAUGCAAAGACAAUGCUAUAAGUAUUGCAUUUCCUGAUGAAGGUGCAUUCAAGAGAUUUCACACCAUGUUUACAUCCUUUCCAACCAUCACCUGCACUAAAAUCAGAGAUGGAAACAAGAGGAUUGUAAGAGUCAAAGAUGGUGAUCCAGCCGGACAUCACGUGAUCAUUGUUGAUGACCUUGUAAUGACAGGAGGGACUUUGGUGCAGUGUGCAAAAGCGCUGUUAUCAUCUGGAGCAAUCAAGAUUAGUGCAUACGUCACACAUGCUGUUUUUCCCAAGGAAUCAUGGAAACUUUUUACUGACUGUGAAGUUCAAUUUGACAAGUUUUACAUAACGGACUCCAUUCCUCAUGCCACUGCUAUUGCUCAACAUUCUCCUUUUAAGUUGCUUUCUCUCUGUGACUCAAUAUCUGAAGCAUUGUUAGGCUUUGACCUGCUGCAGAGCUGAUUUCGAAUCAGUUGCGUUUCUUUGUUUUUGAGGGAAUAGAAACACAUUAUGUAGUGAAGGAUUGGUUUGGUGAGAAUGCUUUGUGGCAGAAUGCACUGUUGAGUGGACAUUCGACCUUAGAAGGCACUAUGGAUUAUAUUUUUGCAGAGCUUUUUUAUAUAGUGUAGAAACUAUAGAAAGUUAAAGAUAUAGAUAUGUAUAUAAGGUAGAAAUUAUAGCUAGCAGUAGAUUACAACAUUACUCAAAGACACUCUUUACCAACAAUAGUAUACGCCAUUUGCAUCAUUACUUUCGUUACAUCAUCUUACGGAACCGUACACUGCUAACAAGUCUAGAAGAGACUGAAUUGAGCCAUAGUUGCUAAGCAACUGUUUGCGCCAUGGUAUCCAGUACUCGUCCUGUUUUUUUUGUGUGUGUGUGGGAGGAUGAAAACCAGACUUCCAAAUACGGAAAUGAAACAAAAUCACACAAAACAUGUUCAUUUCUCGUUCUUCAAUCCAUUGAAGGUGAAAGUGAAGUCGAAAUAGAAAGUUUAUGAUGAGUUCCGGGAUGCGAACUCAAUUAGGUGCGAAUCAGGUAGCAUUCGUAAAUUUAGUAGUAUAGAUGUAGACCUUGUUUUUUUGUGGGUUUUUCGGUUAACAGGGCACCUAAGCUCAAGUUUGCUUGCGCAUUAAGCAGAACAUUGAAAAUCUCCUUUCUGCGUUGAUAUUACUUGUGCCCAAGGUAUUCACAGAUGUUUUUUCGGAUGAUACUAUGCUCUCCUGUUGCCGGUAGCCAUUCUUCUAAGACAAUGCAAAGUGCUCAGCCUUCGCUGUACAUACGUGGUACGUUUUAAAGGGACAAAGUUUCGUUUUCUGCACAUUCAUGAUCGCCAGACUUUUAAAUUGCUUCGGCAGUACAUUCUUUGAGGAAUUGUUUUAGAAGUAGAAAAAUAACCAGUUUUAUGUUAUUUAUGGGAAUAAACUUAAUACACUAAAAAGUUUUAGUGUGCAAUAUGUUUUUAGUGUUACGUAUCUUGGUCGGCCUUUGAGGCCUCACAGUGGCUCUUGUGAAAGCAAUCUUGGUUAAGCUGGGUUAGGCAUUAACCAAAACCUCCAGACAUUUCGGUCAGAAAGCGAAUGUAACAGUAAUUUUGGGGGAAUUUCGGUUAAAAAUUAUGGAGUUGGCAUUUUGAGGUGGACUUGCCACAAGUCGACCUUUGCUUAUUCAUCUUCUUUGAGCGACAGAAGUCGCGAAAGGUUGUCCUUUCCAACACCAAAACCAUCAGGCCAGGGAAGAAUUAUUGGAAAGGACUUGUAGAAAGUCUAAUUUUGUGAUAGUCCUUUCGUUUCGGUUGGUACGAAAAACCGGAAAAUUCUGUACGAUAGAGCCGUCUUUUUCGGUUGCUUUGUCAAUAUUGGAAAAACACAACCGUAAAGGCUGGGUUUUACUACAGAAUAAGAAUAAGCAACACUCGCAAACCCAGACGCAGUAGGAUGUUGAUAAUUAAAGCAAUUAAUGCCUUUGGUAACAAAAGGCGCUACCUAACAGCACCUUGCUGCGUCUUCAUGUUGCUUAUGCUAACUACCCUUAUACUGUCCUCCCAAAUGCGGGCCCGAAUGUUUCAUCCGGUAAAUGGUAGACACCGCAGGGUGGAAAGGUAACCUUACAUCUCUCAUAAACCGUUCAUAAACCGGUAAACCUUUAAUUAAGCAAGACAUGCACACGCUUUUUAUCCCUGGCCUCACGAUGCGUC